AUGACGGUUUUUAUCGCAUCCCUGUUCCUUCCAUACACCAUUGACUUUAAGUCAACAGGUUUGAAAAAUGGAAGUGCUCGUCGUCGCAAGUCGUCACCUAGUUACUCAGCCGUCGAUGGAUCAGGUCCCAUGCCUAUCAUUGGACGCUUGGCUGAUAGCCGCAAGCCACGUCAGAGAUCUACAAGUCUGGAAUUGACCCCAGGGGCAACCACAGAAGACGAAAAGAUCUUUAAAGCUUAUGUCUCACAUUUUGCCGGGGAGAUCCCUAUUGCAGAAGCACCUAAGGGACCUGGUCCCAAUGAACCUCGCGCUGUACCAUGGGGUCAAAGCCGCAAGUUCAAUCAACCACGCUCGAAGGCAACAACGCAUCCUCAGCCAUCGAUUCUUAGCCGUCCAAGCUCACGGCAGGAAUCUAAAGAAUCUGCCUUCCUAGCUGGUGGAGGGGUGAGUCUUCCUCCCGCCCCGCCAGAAUUAGGCAGCCCUCGUGCACUGCUCUCGGCCGAGGACUGGGUCGUCAAGGCAGCAGAGCAAGGGCAUGGCGGUCUCCAGAAUGCCAUUCAUGCUGCGGAAGCUGCAGGCAUCCUUGAAAACAAGAUGUGGGUGGGGACACCAGGAAUGCCCACUGAUUCCUUGACGGAUAUGACACGAAGCCUCAUCGAUGAGACUCUCAGGGCUGAGUACGAGUCCCUGACUGUAUUCGUUGGUGACAGUGAAUUUGAGGGCCACUAUGCGCAUUUCUGUCGCUCUGUACUAUGGCCUGCUCUUCAUUAUCAGAUGCAAGAAAGUCCUCGUCAUAAUGAGUACGAUGAUUAUUCCUGGAAGCAGUAUCUCAAGGUGAACGAGGCUUUCGCCAACACCAUUGCAAACAACUGGCGUCCAGGUGACACAAUCUGGGUUCAUGAUUACCAUUUACUGGCCCUUCCUGGACUUCUGAGGAAAAAGCUGCCUCGGGCCAGGAUCGGAUUCUUCUUGCACACAGCGUUCCCAUCCUCCGAAAUCUUCCGCUGCUUGAAUUCACGCGAUGCACUGCUAGAUGGUCUCCUCGGGGCCGACUUGAUCGGUUUUCAGACUGAAGAGUAUUGCUACCACUUCAUCCAUUCCUGCAGUCGGCUUCGAAGAUUGGAGGUGUCUGUUGAUGGCGUUCAGGUCAAUGAUCGGUUUGUGCACGUCAAGAACUACCCUCUAGGGAUUGACUAUGAGUCGCUCAAUGUGCUGCGCGAAUCUGUUGAGGUCAAAGACUGGAUUUUGAACAUCAGAGAGAAGUACAAAGGAAAGCACCUCAUAGUGGCUCGUGACCGACUCGAUGCGCCUGGGGGGAUCAAGCAGAAGCUCCUGGCAUUUGAGCUUUUCUUAGAAAGCUAUCCCAAAUGGAGAGAAAACGUUGUUCUUGUUCAGGUGGCGUCCUCUGCAUCGGAGAUUCCAGAACUCGAAGCGCAGGUUUCCAAGGUAGCCAUGCGAAUCAAUUCGAUUUAUUCGAACUUAACACACUCGCCUCUGGUGCUCCUGAAACAAGACAUCAGCUAUUCUCAAUUUCUCGCUCUCCUGAGCGUGGCGGAGAUCUACAUGGCCACAAACCUCCGCGAAGGCAUGAAUCUUACGAGUCAUGACUUUAUUCAUUGCCAAGAUGGGCAACUCGUUUCCCAGAAACAUGGAACCCUCAUAUUGAGCGAGUUCACCGGCAGUGCAUCCAUUUUCCAAGGUCACGAACUCAUCGUCAACCCAUGGGACUCCAAACAAUGCGCUGAUGCCAUAAACACGGCGCUGGACAUGUCGCCUGAACAGCGUCAACACAACUGGGAAUUCCUUUUGAACCGCAAAGCUCCCUACACAGCAAUUUCUUGGUACUCAACCCUACAAUCCGCACUCAUUGAAGCCCAUAGCAUGCAGCAAUCUCGCCACACACACCACGUCGCUCCGCUCCACUUCGACACCCUGCAAGAGUCAUACGAAGCAUCCCAUAAACGAAUCUUUUUCCUCGAAGAUGGCGCAACCUUUACCCCUGACAAAUCCCAUCCAUCCAAAGAAGCAACUGACCUCAUCCAAGCCCUAGUCCUCGACCCAAAGAACACAGUCUAUCUAACUAGCAACAACAGUCCAGACCAACUGAACUCAACAGCUCGACUCCUCUCCAGCCGCAUAGGACUAAUCGCCGAAAAUGGCUGCUUCGUUAAACCCGCCCCUCAAAUCAGUUCCUCAGUUCACGAGGAAAGUGAAUCAGAUCCAUGGGAAGCUCUCGUUGAUGUGGAAGGCACAAGUGACUGGCGCGCCGGUAUCCGCAAGGUAAUCGAAUACUUUCAAGAACGCACAGACGGCAGUAUCAUCGAAGAGCGCCGCUGCACACUAACAUUCGACUACACGAACGCACUCGAUCAGGAAACCGCCGCACACCAGGCCUCCGAGCUCGCAGACCAAAUUAACGGCGCCCGUGGCAGUGAAGCAAUUCGCGUCGUGCGGGAUGUAGUAGCCGUCAGUGUGGAACCAUUGCACGCGUCCAAGGCUGCAGCGGCCUCGAUGCUGCUGGAUCGUCUACCAGCUGAAGACUCCGCGGACUUUAUCUUUGUGGCGGGUGGAGCGAGAGGAGAUGAGAGUUUAUUCCGUUGGGCGAAUCGAUUGAGCCGUGUGAGCUCGAAUGGGCAUGUCAAUGGGAAUGGGAAUGGGAAUGGGGUUGGCAAUGGUCAUCGCAAUGGAACAAAUGGCUCUGUCAAUGGCUCUGCCACAAAUGGGUCUAGGACUAGAUCGAUUACAACUCUCACGGCUGGUACGCAUGCUACUGAAGCAAGUGCAGUCUUACCGACUGGGUUCUCGUUACUGGAUGUACUCCGGCUACUGGCUUUCCCUCAUCUUGUCGGAGUGGCUUCAAGAUGCAGUGAUCUGUGA